AUGUCACAAGAAGGGUACUGGACUCUUCAAGGAUGGAUUGCCGCUGCCAUGCUCAUUGUCACUUGCAUCGCUGGAUGUGCUCCUCUUGCUGUAAGUUUGAUGUUUCUGGUGUAAUCUACGUACCUAUUACUUGAUUUUUGUACUUGACAACUUUUUUGUACGACCAAUACUGAGCCUACUGUAGCUCAUGAAAGUUUGAAUAUGAUUGUAGGGUGGCAUAACCUAUUCAAACUUCUAUGAGCUACAGUAGGCUUUGGAAAGGCGGUACAAAAAAUUGGUCAACUAACAAAACAUAGUAUAGACCUAGCACGCCUUUUUUCUAGUUGACAACUUUUUUGUAUCACCUCUUCUAAACCUACAAUAGCUCAUCGCAACUUUUGCUGUACCGAUAAUACUUCCAGCUCCUACAAAUCCUGGCCAAAAAGGGAAAAGAGCCGACGAAAAGCGGCUGGCUAUCCUAUCUUUCUUGCUUCUCCGGCGGCGUAUUUAUGGCCACUUGCUUUCUGGACAUUAUUCCCAACAUUGGGCAGGUUUUCAACAUUCAUCAGCUAUUCGUAUCCGAGUUUUCAGUGAAAAGUACACGGAACUCCUGCUCAAGUACCAGUUGACGUUUGCAAUCCCUCUAAAUCAAGUCUUCAUCUGUUGCGGCUUCUUUUUCGUCUAUUUCAUCGAAGAAGCGAUCGGAAGAGUGUUCGGCCAUUCGCAUGGAACGCCCACUGACCCUGAGCGUGUGAGGAAAGAAGAUUUGAGAAGGUUUUGGUACGGUUUUGGAACUUUUAUACGCGUUUUGUUGUCAGACGCUCCGAGGACGGAAUUCCAGCCGUUCCGGCUCCACUCGACAGUCAACUUAUUCGGCAACAAAGGUUUGAACUUUAACGGACCAGGGAACCCAAAAAUUUUUUGAUUUUUUUCUCUCUAAUUGUCUCUUAUUGCCACAUACACUGCUGAAAUGCUGCCUCUCAAAAAUGCCAAUGAACGAAACGGCGUGCAGUUGAAAUUGUGGCCGUGGCCUAGCGCCAAUAUGGCCUAGAAAUAUGCGCUUCUCGGCCAUUUUCUUUUUUCCGCUUUUUUUCCGGUUUUUUUUCCAAAAAUUAACGGUUUCUCCCAUUUUUCAGUUGAUUGACAUUUCUUCGGCACUUUCUUAUUUUUUCACUGCUAAAAAAUUGUUUUCAUUUUCGAUUUUAUCGCGAAAAAACCGGUAAAAAAGCGAAAAAAAUUUUACCGGUUUUUUCGCGAUAAAAUCGAAAAUGAAAACAAUUUUUUAGCAGUGAAAAAAUAAGAAAGUGCCGAACAAAUGUCAAUCAACUGAAAAAUGGGAGAAACCGUAAAUUUUUGGGAAAAAAAAACCGGAAAAAAGCGGAAAAAAUAAAAUGGCCGAGAAGCGCAUAUUUCUAGGCCAUAUUGGCGCUAGGCCACGGCCACAACUUCAACUGCACGCCGUUUCGUUCAUUGGCAUUUUUGAGAGGCAGCAUUUCACCAGUGUAUGAGGCAAUAAGAGACAAUUCAAACAGUCACAAAAAAAUUUCACAAAAAAAUCAAAAAAUGUUUGGGUUCCCUGGUCCGUGACUUGUAUGGCUUCAGCCCUUUCUCCUGAACACUUUUCCUUUAGUCUCGACCAAGAGGAUCAAAAAGCAAGCCUUCUAAAAUCGAUAACUUUCGCCGUCGCCAUGUCCCUACACUCUUUGCUCGAAGGAUUCGCUUUAGGCGUCCAGGACACCACCACCGCCAUUUAUUCGCUCUUUUUCUCGCUGCUCCUUCACAAAUCCAUUGAGGCGUUCUCGGUUGGCCUACAGAUUUCGAAAGCCAAUACUGACAAGGUACAUAACUAGCAUACAUGCACUGACAAUUGUCCGCGUUUUUCCAGUACAAAACAGUGAUGCUGACCGUUUCGAUCUAUUCGCUGAUGACUCCGAUCGGUGUGCUCCUCGGCUGUCUUCUCGAAUCUUCGGGAUCGGAGACGUUGACCAAAGACGCACUGAUUCUGUUCGUCGAGUGUUUGGCCGGCGGAGCAUUCAUCUACAUCACGUUUCUAGAGGUGCUUGCCGGCGAAAAAUCGAAACGAUUCAACAGUUUGAAGCAACUUUUAUGUGUUUUAGUCGGAUUUCUAGUCAUUCUAUGUUUGCAACUGGCUUUCGGGGGUCAGGAACCUCAUUAUCCAGCUGAGACUUCUUCGAUACCUUCUGCAUAGAAAGUCUUUCAUUAUCGAAUAAAUUGGGCUGUCAUACAUACUGUAAAAACUGAUAAAAUGUUGACUCCCUUCAAUAUUGUCCAUUGCAGAUAGAGAUAGCAACGUGCACAAUGUUUUAAUGAGCAUUUUGUUAGUUGACCACAUUUCCAUAUCUCCACUGCCAGCUGAGAUAAAUUUUCAAUAUUUCCACGUGGCACCACACUACAAAAACCAUACUUAUUUUAUUUAUUUCCAUUUCUACACAAAUGUCUUGUCUCAAACCGAGAAAAAAACUGGAACGAUCUGCCAGUCGAGUUAAAGAUGGCGGUGAUCAUGAAGACCGAGUUUUUUACAACGUUACCUCUCAACUUUCAACGCCCACUUUGCGAUUUCUACUGUUUUUACACAGAAUUGCGAUGCGUCGAUGCUCCAAAUCUUUUUGCGAUAUGAGCCGAUUUACACGUUAGCGCUUGCAAUAAUUCGGUCUUGUCGGCAAUUCGUUUCAGUGGAAAUUGGUGGAAUCGUACGGCGAAUUGCGUUGCGAGAGAUCAUGUGAUAUUGGCGUUUAGCGAAAAACGGACAUCGUCAAGUUCCGUCCGGUGA